AGUGCAGCAACAUCAUUGUAUGUGCCUGAACUGAGGUUAAUUUUGGAAGGAGAAUCCAUCACGUGCAGUAGUUGCAACAGUUGUAGUUGUGGGUGGCGGACAGGGCCAGCCCAGCAUACGCUGGACAGAGGGAUUCUAUCCACGCCUUCUUCAUCCCAUCAAUGCUGUGUCCUCAUCCAAUCCAGCCAGACACAAACUGCAAACUGACAAGGAUUUUCCAUGGCGACAGUCUCUCUGUGUACACAUCUUACCCUUCUUUUUCUGUUUCUUCAUUUCCUGACUGCAUCACCUGCCACCCAAGAUGACCUUUUAAUCAAUACUAAGCAUGGGAAAGUUCAAGGGAAGUUGCUUUCAGUGCCGGGUGGUGAAGUUAGAGCAUUUCUUGGAAUUCCUUAUGGAAAACCACCUCUGGGAAAACUGAGAUUCAGAGCUCCGGAGCCAGUAGAGGGAUGGGAGCGGGUGAGAGAUGCCACCAAAUUCCCAAAUUCCUGCUACCAGAUGCCGGACACAGUCUUUCCAGGGUUCAAAGGUGCAGAGAUGUGGAACCCAAACACUCCUCUGAGUGAGGACUGUCUGUACCUAAACGUCUGGUCCCCACGUUUCAAUAAAACCCAGCCUCAGAACUCAGCACUGGCUCCUGUCCUUGUCUGGAUCUAUGGAGGCGGGUUCACUGCAGGAACGUCCUCUCUGGACAUUUAUGAUGGUCGCCUCUUAAGUAAAUCUGAAGGUGCUGUUGUGGUAUCAAUGAAUUACAGACUCGGACCUUUUGGUUUCCUGUCUCUUCCUGACAUCAAAAACAUCCGGGGCAAUGCAGGCCUGCUGGACCAGCGCUUGGCCCUCAACUGGGUAGCCAAUAAUAUCGCUGCUUUUGGAGGUGAUUCUUCCAAGGUGACUUUGUUUGGGGAAAGCGCCGGAUCAGCAUCUGUAGGUUUCCACCUGCUCUCCCCAGGCAGCCAUGGUCUUUUUCAAAGAGCCGUGAUGCAGAGUGGCUCUCCUAAUGCACCCUGGGCCACAAUCAGCCAGACUGAGGCCUGGCACAGAUCAAUGAAGCUGGCAAAGUUACUGGGGUGCCCCACGUCUCAUCCAGCUCAUCUGGAAGCAUGUCUACAGCAGGCUGAUCCUGGGAAAAUCACAUUGAAGCAAUAUGAUGUUCUCACACAGACUACAAUCUUAGCCUUAAUCUUUGUCCCUCAUGUUGAUGGAGACUUCCUUCCAGAUACAGUUGAAAUGUUGCUGAGUACUGGUAACCUCCCAAAGAAAGAGGUGCUGUUUGGUAUAAACAAAGACGAAGGGACCUACUUUCUAAUGUAUGGAGUGCCUGGAUUUAACAUCACGGGUCAGAGUCUCAUCACCAGGAAUGAGUUCCUGAAUGGAGUGGCCCUUGAAAUGGCAGAUGCAGAUGAUGUCACAAGAGAAGCAGCCAUUUUCCAGUACACUGAUUGGACAGAUGAGAACAACAAGAUUAAAAAUCGUGACUCGCUGGGUACUUUGGUUGGAGACCAUCUGUUCGUUUGUCCUGUGCUAGAGUUCGCUCACAGGUACUCGCAACGUGGUGGUAAGACUUUCCUUUAUUUAUUUGACCACCGGUCGUCCAUCAAUCCUUGGCCAGCAUGGAUGGGCGUUAUGCACGGCUAUGAGAUAGAAUUUGUCUUUGGGAUGCCUCUGAAUGCAUCCCUGGGAUACACGAAGAAUGAAGUGGACAUGACCAAGAAGUUCAUGAAACACUGGGCCAACUUUGCCCAGACAGGGAAUCCAAGCAUUGAUGGAGCUAACUGGCCUGUGUUCACUCAUGAACAGCAGGAGUAUGUCACUCUGAACCAUAACCGCCCAGAACAAAAGAGUAUGAUGAGCGCUAAAGUGUGUCACCUCUGGAACAAAUUAAUGCCAAAAAUACAGAAAGUCUCAGAUGAUCUGCUGUCUUGUAUUAAAGCAAAUGGGAUUGUACACCACUGCAAUUACCUGUUCCUCCUCAUUUUAUUGGUUUUAACUUUAACCUAUUGAUAGAGUGAAGAGAGGGCUGUUUCAUACAGACAUAUACAACAGUUUAAAAAUAUUGGACAGAAAGAAUUAACAAAACUUGGUCUUUGCUAUUAUUGUAAACAUUUUAUGUGAUUACUGAAUAUUUAUAUUUUCAAAGAAAUUGAUUUUUACUACGUGUGUGCGCGCUUUGGUUACAGAAAUGCUACACUUCAAUAUUUUAUUUUAUGUGUAUUUAAGGAACAUAAGGUCAACCAAAUACACCAUUGGCAAAGAAAACCUCCUGUUUGUUGCAACUGUUACUACAAUAACCAGCAUUGACAGUGAUUACGUCAUUCAUAGAUGCAGCUGCUCACAUGUAAUGGUAGUUACGUGCUCUUCAGCUCAGCUCUGAACAAUAUUUUUGGAUGCUAAAAUUCAAACUGUCAUGAUGGAGCAAGCAGUUUUCCUUUUGCAGGUACUGGUACUGCACAACAACCAAAUAGUGACUUCUGUUAUGACAUGGGAAUUAUAUUUCUGAAAGUUCAGCUACCGUUUUUUCAUAUGUUUAUAUCAGUCUUAACUAUGCAUAUAAAUGCUGUUUACAGUAAUUAAUUGAAAUGUGUGAUACACUCAAACAUUUCAAUCAAAUGUAUUGGAGAAAUCUGAGAUUAGUUUGUGAAUAUAAUGCAGUUAAAUCCAAACUGUCAGAUUUUGGAAUUUCCCUUACACAAAUAAAUUUUAAACCUGUAGAAAAUGUA